UCCUGACACGGGUGACACGGCCGGCGGGAUCUUCAACCCCGUGCAUCUGCACUAUAAAACCCGCUCCAAAAUUAAGAAAGAAAGGCAUCAAAUUUCACAGGAAACAGAAAACAUAGAGUGAAAAAUCGAACUUUUCCGGCCCCUCUGCAAAUUUUCUGAUAAAAUCCGGCCAUGUCGUCGAUUUCCGGCCUCUUUUCAUCUUCUUCGACCUUCAUCUCUUCCCCUAAUUCCCUUCGGAAUUCCCCAAAAAAUCAAAGAGAUUUGAUCGGAAUUUCAAAGCUAUUUGGCCGGAGCUCAGGCAAUCACCAUGAAUUCCGGAGAUUUACACCCCAAGCAGUGGCUCGAGAGGUCUCUGCGGAAUCUCUAAUUUCAGAGGCUCUGAAGAAGAAAGCGGUGAAGGGGCUGGAAAAGGAUCCCUAUGCUCUUUGGCAUCGAUAUGUGGACUGGCUUUAUCAGCAUAAGGAGCUAGGGAUUUUUCUCGACGUUAGUCGAAUAGGGUUUACGGAUGAGUUUUUCGAAAGCAUGACUCCUAGAUUUGAAGCAGCUUUCAAGGCCAUGGAUGAGCUCGAGAGAGGAGCAAUUGCUAACCCUGAUGAGGGGCGAAUGGUUGGCCACUACUGGCUUAGAAGUUCUCACCUUGCUCCUACUGCGUUUCUUAGGCAACAGAUUGAUACCACGCUUGAGGCCAUUUGUAGGUUUUCGGAAGAUGUUACAAGGGGAAAGAUAAAGCCCCCAUCAUCUCCAGCUGGUCGCUUUACCCAAGUGCUCUCUGUUGGAAUUGGAGGAUCAGCACUAGGACCACAAUUUGUUGCAGAGGCAUUGGCUCCAGAUAAUCCGCCUCUUAAGAUAAGAUUUAUUGACAAUACAGAUCCAGCUGGAAUUGAUCAUCAGAUUGCACAGCUUGGACCUGAGCUGGCUUCUACCCUUGUUGUUGUGAUUUCAAAGAGUGGAGGCACUCCAGAAACUAGGAAUGGGUUGUUGGAAGUGCAGAAGGCCUUUCGCGAAGCUGGCCUGGACUUCUCGAAACAGGGUGUAGCUAUUACACAAGAAAAUUCUUUAUUGGAUAAUACAGCAAGAAUUGAAGGAUGGCUUGCUAGGUUUCCAAUGUUCGACUGGGUUGGAGGCAGAACCUCCGAAAUGUCUGCAGUUGGUUUACUUGCAGCAGCACUCCAGGGAAUUGACAUCAGAGAACUGCUUGCUGGUGCAGCCCUGAUGGAUGAGGCGACUCGAACUCCUGUGGUGAAAAAUAAUCCUGCUGCCUUACUGGCUUUAUGCUGGUACUGGGCUUCUGAUGGUGUGGGAUCCAAGGAUAUGGUUGUACUUCCCUACAAAGAUAGCCUUCUACUUUUUAGCAGGUAUUUGCAGCAGUUGGUGAUGGAGUCUCUUGGAAAGGAAUAUGAUCUGGAUGGUAAUCGGGUUAACCAAGGCUUAACUGUAUAUGGAAACAAAGGGAGCACUGAUCAACAUGCCUACAUUCAACAACUGAGGGAUGGAGUGCACAACUUUUUCGUGACCUUCAUUGAGGUUUUACGUGAUAGGCCACCUGGUCAUGAUUGGGAACUUGAACCAGGUGUUACCUGCGGUGAUUAUCUUUUCGGUAUGCUUCAGGGUACUAGAUCAGCUCUUUAUGCAAACAACCGGGAGUCUAUCUCAGUCACAGUGCAAGAAGUGACACCCAGAUCAGUGGGAGCACUAAUAGCACUCUACGAGCGAGCAGUUGGAAUCUAUGCUAACCUGAUCAACAUUAAUGCAUACCACCAGCCUGGGGUUGAAGCCGGCAAAAAGGCAGCUGGGGAAGUAUUAGGUCUUCAGAAGAGAAUUUUGUCUGUUUUAAAUGAGGCCAGCUGUAAAGAACCUGUGGAGCCCUUGACAUUGGAUGAGAUUGCACAGCGUUGCCAUGCGCCUGAACAAAUUGAAAUGAUAUACAAGAUUGUUGCACAUAUGGCAGCGAAUGAUAGAGCGCUGAUAGCUGAAGGCAGUUGUGGAUCACCACGAAGCAUCAAAGUUUUCCUUGGAGAGUGUAAUGUGGACGAGCUAUACGCUUGAGUUUAGAUGAUUUAUUCAUCAUAUUUAUCCCUUUUUAUUGGAAGUUUUACUAGAAAGGGCGCUACGGAAUCUGAGCUCAUGAGAAAGGUACGGGUGCCACAACCGUUCGAAAAUGCCUCGUGAAUCUAAACGUAAUUGGGUGUAUGCCAAAGUAUUCCAGGACCCUCAUGUCUAAUUGUAUCUUUGUUUUUUUACUUUACUGUUUUCUGCUUUUGUUUUACUUUCUAUACCAAAAUAAUCUCUCUUUCUCUCUCUCUCUCUCUAUAUAUAUGUUUUAAUUGCUGUCAAGCAAAAGGCACCCACACAUAUAUACAUGGGAAAAGUAUACAAUUAGACCGUUUGUAUUUGAUGCAAGCAAGUCACAAUUAGUCUUCUGCCA